GUGAUAUCAUACUUAUCAUUUUACUAUUUUCUCUCUUUUUUAUUUUAUUUUAUUUUUCAAGUGUGUAAUAUUAUGUUUAAUAACAUUUGGCACUAUUUUUCUGAGAAAGCCAACAGAGGCAUCCCUUAUGAUUAUGAUAAUAACUGGAAGCAGCAGCGACAGGAUGAAACAGCGGCGUAUAUGAAUCAUCAUCAUAGUAUGCCGAAUUGGCUGUUGACAGGUUUUAUAGUAAAUCAACAUCAACCCUUUUAUAAUAAAAAAAGGGAUUCUCGUCAACGAUCCUUUUACAGUCACCAUCAACAGAAUAAUGCAAUAUUGGAUAGAAAACGUUCUUCUGUUCAACAUAAUAAUAGACAACCAUUUCAAGAAGAAGCAAAUUAUCAUAAUCGUCAGCAAAAAAGAAGGCAUUCUGCUGCAUCCCUUCUUCAACAGCAACAACAGCCUUUUAUAAAUAGGAUAAAUCAUGCUCUUCCUCUUCUUGUUAGUAGUGGUGGUGCAUAUAAUCCUUUUGUGGAUAUGUUGGCUAUAGGAACCACAAGAGUUUUAGAUAAUUUAAUCUCCGGAAAAGAUCAUUCUUAUGGGAACAGUAACUACUUGUCACAAUAUAGUCAUCAUCAACCGUAUUCUUUCUCGCAACCUUAUUCUAAAAUAAAUCAUCAAUAUGAUCCAUAUUCCCGUCAUGAACAAAGACUCUAUAUGAAUCAACUUUUAAAUAAUAACUAUUAUAAUAAUAGAAAACAUAAUAUAUCAAGACCCUUUUAAAUGAUAUGUACAAACUAUCCUUAUAGUCAUCAAAAUACAUAGCCAUAUUAUAUAUAUAACAAGCUUAAUAAUAAAGUCUUAU